AUGUCUAUUGCGGGAUACUUUUGUUAUUUAAGGAGAAAACAACAAAAUAAACCAAACUACAGUAUAGAAAAUUAUAUAUACAAUUUUCCAAUAAUGACAAGUAAUGUUUUUGGGGCCUUAGUUGUUGGGAGAAGUGUGAAUGCAAAUUUUGAGAUUGUUUCACCAACAAAUUUUCUUUGUACUAUUCAAGACAACACUAAUAUAUCUCAUAUAGUUGUAUUUUUGACAGGAGUUGAGGCCUUCCCAGCAGGAUAUGGUGGAUCAAUUUAUAUGAGAUGGGCAAAUAUAGGAAAUACAGAUCCUGCUUGGCAUUAUUUAGGAGCAAUUACAAAUGACAAGCCAAGUGCUAUGUUUAAAGUUGGUAAUUUGUAUGAUAAAGAACCAACUCACUCAAAUAUAUUUUCUCAACAAAAUAUAUUUACUUUAUCUCAUAAUUGUUGUCAGAUUGGUAUUCAAGUAGAGCCAGAGAAUGAGAUUAAUCAAAGAACAACUUCUGAAGGAGUCAAACCAUCUAUGGAAGGGGAAAUGACAGAGUUUUGCAGAAAGAUGUUAUCUAACUUUUUCAAUUACUGUCAGUCCUUUAUUACUACCGUACCAAAUAGCAAUGGUUUUGGACAAAGUAGUGAGGUGAUUCCUGCUAAGUGUCUUGAACAGUGGUAUAAUAAAUUUGAUAGUCGUAUGAAGGCAAACCCAAAGUUUUGGAAAGAUCUUAAUUAA